AUGAGUAUUCCAUGGAUCUUUCGAGGUGGGGCAGCUGCCUCUGUUGGCGCUAUUACCGCUGUCGAGUUUGAUCCUGAACUCGAGCUGCUUUGGGUCUGUGAUAGUUUUGGAAAUCUUAUGAGUUUUACGGUGCAGUCUCACGAGACAACUGAAUGGGCAGUGUAUUCAUCCUUUUCUGCAUCGACGCGAUCACCUUCGAGCAUUGGCUUCUUACAUAUAGGUGGGGAAUGCAUGGUCACUGUACCUGACCGCGAGGCUAUAAGAGGCUAUAAGCGUGGCGGUGUACCCAUAAUGUGCUUGCCACUGCCUUCCGACACACAAAACUACAUCGACCUCUUUCAGACCAAUAGCAAUACCGGUUCGAUGUACUUUGUCGGUGAUGUCGGCCUCACACGACUCGUCUUGCAAGAAGGAGAAACAAAACGAUAUACAGUACCGAUAGAAGAAUCAACUAUCGUAUCCCUAAAGCAGUCCGAUCAGUGGGUAGUGACGGGUAGCACUUCUGGCACCAUCAACGUGUUCGAUGGAAACAGCCUAAGCACCAUUGGAACUGUAUCGCCUUCGCGUAACCGGGUGAUGGCACUUGACGUCUUCGAGAACACCGUCGCCGCCGCCUUUGUGGAGCGGUCUGCCACGAGCUUUGUAAAGGUCUUUGAUGUGCGCAAGCUUGGCGAAGAGGUCUUCACGGUCAAAGAUAUUUUUCCAGGGAAUAUCACACAGAUGAGGCUCUACCAGGACUCCUUCAGAUCGACACAGAAUCGCGCAUUUUUACUCACUCCACAGGGUUACCAUAUCAUCCAGCUUGACCUGGAAAAACCGGUAUACAGUUCAGGCGGCAUCAUUGAAGGCUCCUCCACCGCCGUCUCCGUUUCGCCAAACCGGAUGUGUGCUGUGAUCGGGAACGACAAGGGUCAUUUCCUUGCCCUCUCGCACCCGGCUAAGCGUGAGGAGUACAUUAUGUCGAAUUUUGUGCAGCCUGUAAAACCCAAGCAACCAACCUUCACCCAAAGCUGGGUCUCUCCAAAUGGCGACAACGGCUUUGACGAGUCGCGGGCGAGCCUCGGCCUCGCGUCGAACUGGCCAGAGGAUGAUUACAUGAUUUUAAAGGUACCGCAGAAACUACAAUGCGUCAAUCUUGGCCCCUACGCGACCCAUUCUAUUGUGCCCAACCAGUGGGGCUUCAUCCGAGCGGACUCUUACCUGAUCGACACCAAGGACAAGCUCUCUGCCAUCAUUCCGAAUCCGUACCCCUUCAACACGCAACUUGGAAAUGACCCUGGAAGGGUGCAGGAGCUUCUGCUUGAGCUCCGCAAGGAUAUGAAACGUAAGCAUAAAGUCUCACGUAGUGGGGGCACCGGGGAGUACGACCCGAUGGAAGACGCCCUCCAGGUGUGCUAUAGUAUGCAGCACAAACUGGACUGGAGGAGCUAUAAUGAAAUUCCACAUCACGUUGCAGGGAUGGAUAACAGCUUCCCGGAGUGCUGGCUGACUCCCAUUCUGCAGUCGCUUUACCUCUGCCAACCGCCUGAGUUUCCUAUCCGGCGGGUCAUCAUGCGACACUUAUGCAGAAGGGAGUUCUGUAUGACCUGUGAGAUUGCGAUCAUAUUCGCGAAUAUCAUGAUCACGACUUCCAGCGCCAGCGGGCUAAAGGAAGCCGCCCUACCACCGAUUGUGCAAGUUGGCAAUUUGAUUCGUACCCUUCGUCAGAUCCGCAACUUCGCCCUCUCAGAAGUAUUUCAGAAGCCCAAAAAUCGCGAUGACGCCGUGGCGAAGAUGCAUUUGGCUCAGCGGUUGAUUCUGGAGACCCUGCACAAGGACCUGCAGGAUCAGAAAGGUUACCCCUUCAUGAAGUACCAGCCACCCUCUCCAGAUUAUGAAAACUGUAUAGCUUCCUUGUUUGGGACUGAGUUCACCUUGAACGGACGCAUUCACGUGGAGCCACGCUUUUACUGGGAGGUCCCUGCCUCCGCGCUGAAAGUUGACGAGGGCUUGCAGCACCUCCUAAAACAGGUGGAGGCGUGCAAAGAACAGGUGCAGAUCAAACGGCUUCCGCCCAUCAUCGUGCUCUUGUUGAACCCAGAGCACAACAACCUGAAGCCGCCCACUAGCCUCAAGAUCUCACGCUCCAACAAAGAAGACUACAAUUAUGUGCUGAGCAGCAACAUCAUCCAUCUUGCGGAUGACAUCGAAGAUGUCGGUAACUUCGUAAGCCAUCAGCGCAUCAAAGACGACUUGUUUGCCCUUGUCAAUGAUUAUCGAGUGACAGCUCCGAUGAAGAUGACGGAGUUGGAGCAUCUCAUCCCCGCGUUACGUUCGUACUCAGCAGUAGUAACCUAUUACGCCUUAGACCAGCUCACGGCGCCGCCCUACGCGCAUCAAGACAACAAUCUUCCCCCGAAUAUGUGGCACAUUCUGGGGCCACUCCUGGUUGACGACGUUCUCUCUAAAGGCUUGCAGCGCAACCCCUCAAAGCAGCAGUUCAAGUCGCCGCUUUCUUCCUACACGGAUAUCAAAUCCGGCGACCUCGUCGCCAUCGACGCGGAGUAUGUCGUGCUCAAGUGGGCCAAUAAGGAUGACGAGGCGGAUUUCCUUUACUCUGCCCAUCGCAAGCCGCGGAUGGGGCUGGCGCGAGUGAGCUGCAUCCUCAGCAGCGAGGACGGUGACGAGCGCACCAUCAUGGACGACUACGUCCACAUCCUGGAGGAGAUCGACGACUACGUCACGCAGUUCAGCGGGAUCCACCCCGGGGACCUGGACCCGCUGCAGUCCACGAAAAACCUGACCUCCUUCAAGUCGACGUGCCUUAAGCUGCGGGCCCUGGCCGACGCGGGCGUCAUCUUCGUGGGCCACGGUCUAAGCCAGGACUUCCGGGUGUGUAAUAUUGUGGUGCCAAAGAAGCAGAUCAUCGACACACUGGAGCUCUUCCACGUCAAAGGUGGCCGCUUUUUGUCGCUCCGCUUCCUGAUGUAUCACAUUCUGGGCGAGAGAGUCCAGGAAGGUGAACACGACUCGAUUGAGGAUGCUCGUGCCUCACUUCGGUUGUACCGCAAGUACGUUCAGUUGCAGGAGGAGGGCACGUUUGAGAAUGUGCUUAAUAAAGUCAUGGCGAAGGGAGCUGAGACCAGUUGGUUCGUGCCGGAAAGUCGUACCAACGCCUUCAACGAUAUUUCCGAGUCUAUGCCAGGCUCGAUGAUUGGUUCGCCAGUCUAUGCUUCACGUGGGGUGAACAGCAGUGAUGCGGAGGCAAUGAGCGACGCAAAGGAAAUAAUCGAGGAAGUAAGCCAUAUGAGCAAGGAGGAAGGCGAAAUCGAGGCCGAGGGUAUGCUAAAGAGUGAAGUAAAAUCAGUUUAA